UACGAAUCGUGUUUCUUGCGUUGUUCAUUAAUUCAAGCAUGCCUUCGCAUUGUGCUGUUGUACAAUGCACAAAAAAUGCAGCAAGAGACUAGGGAAUAUGAUUUUUCAGGUAAAUAGUAAUCUCACAUAGUUAGCAUUAUGAAAUGUUGUCAUUCCUUAUUAAAAUUCCUUCUGCCUUCUGCCACUUCUGCAAUACAAGCUAAUGCUGCUAAUAGAUUGAAAAUGUCUACAACACACACGAUCGUCAGCAUGUCAGACCAGUCCUACCGAUUGAUUGCAUGAAUCCGAUCUUCUUGCAUUAUUCUAGAAAUUUCAGGUAUAUUUCUAUUAGCUGAUCCUAUUGCAGAAGGAACUCCGAUGAGAAAUCAGAGAAAUAACCAAAUUUCAAAAAUGAAAACUGUGAGUGACUAUAGUAGGUACUUACUUUUGAAUCAUAAUGUACCAUCCGGAUUUCUUCAUCUUCCGCUGCAGUUUUUGUGCAUUUUACAACAGCACAAUGUGAUGGCAUAAGCGAAUUGAUGAAUAGCGGAAAAAUACGAUUCAUAUGCCAAAAUAAUUGUGGAAAACUAUUUCGAUCACUUGUAAACAAAUAUGUUUUGCCUCCAGGGUUGGUCAUCUGACAGUUCUUGCACGCGACCUAUAAAGAGGUCUACUUGAAUGUCUAGAGAUCAAAAUUCAACUCAAGAAGAAUCUUUCAACAUCGUCAAUAUGGCAAAUACUGCUGUAGGAAAAUCGUCAACUCACAAGGCCCCCAAGAUGAAAUUGUUGUGUAGUGUUUCUGGACUUCCAAUAUCAUUAGCAGUAGCGGUAAACACAUUUAUAAUGAUACUAGUUGCCACAAUAUUGCUCUUGUCACAGUAUGGGGUGAUUCCAGCUAAGAAAACUGGAUUCUACUGUGGAGAUCCUCUGUAUUCCCACAAGUAUACAGGUGACACAAUCACUUCAGCAAUCCUGGGAUUCACUGCAGUUGCUCUCAUACUCCUGAUCAUACUCCUGACGGAGAUAUCAGCCCAUGGAUCGUGGAGAAAAAUAAACCGCCGCAGAACAUGGAUUCAUUUCCAAGAGUGUAUCGUAGGAGUAAUAGUGGUAUUUCUUUUGACAGCAGUCGCCAAAUUGUUGGUGGGGGAACAUAGGCCACACUUUUUCGACGUGUGCCAGCCGGAUACAGCAAAAAAUUGUACCAAGGGGGAGUUUGUGGAGAGUUUUGAAUGUACGAAUACGGAACAAACCUGGUUGACUGUGUUCGAUUCGUCGUUGUCUUUUCCUUCGGGGCAUUCUUCGAUUUCUUGGUUCUUGGGCAUGUUGUUAUCAUACAUCAUCCAAACAACUCUAACCACCGUGAACACUGGCUCGCUCAUGAAACCAUUUUUGAUAUCAGUUUGUCUCACUUGGUCUUUAGUGUGUUCUUUGUCCAGGAUCACUGACAGAAGGCAUCAUUGGUGGGAUGUGCUAGCUGGUACUACUAUUGGGAUACUAUGUUCCCUAGUCUCCAUGAUGAUAAUUCGCAAGAAAAUUCUAGCAAUGGAAAAGAAAGUGAUCGAUUCUGAAGUUGAAACCAGUGAGGAGGACAUGGCAUGAAUUGAUUAAGAUCAUUUUAUUUAUUGUGAUUUUGAUAUUACGCUUAUUAGUCAGUAAUAUACAGGGUGGGUUACGUUCGAUGGUACCUCAGACGUUUAUGAACAACUGGACAUCUGAUCAUUCUGAAAAUUUGGUUACUCAAGUAGUUGCUCAUGGUCUAUCGAUCUAAAAUAUUUUCAGUAAAGCAGCGUUGCCGUGCUUACAGCAGAAAAUAGUAGCAACUUUGAUAUUUCUAAUGGAAUAUCCUGUAUUUCAUUGCAUUUUUAGAUUCUCCCUGAAGAGCUGAUUAUAUUGAUUCAUCACACUUGGGGUCUAGCGGAAAUGAUUACAGAGAUAUAGGAAGAUAUACAGGUUGAUCAGAAUUCUAGAUCUUGAGCUGAGCUACCUUGUAUAAUUUCGAAUAUACGUGAAUAUAAAGUGUGUCCAUUUAGUGUAAUUCUUCGAUAUCUCGAAAGCCAUAACCUAUAGAGAAAAACUUUGGAGAAAAAACUUUUUCAGUUACUAAAGUUGCUCAUUUCAAAAUUAUUUCCAACAUUACUGGGUGUUUUAUAAAAGCAGGGCAACUCGAAGAAGAGUUUUUUCAAAUGGAACACACAGUAUUGUUCAUUCGGAAUUAAUUCCGCCGAGGUUCACCUUCACAUCGCUGUAAAAAAAAUUGAAAUCGGUUGCGGCGUUGCCAAGUUAUAAUUGAUAAAUCUAUUUUCACCAUUAUUGAAGAGUCAUGUUGAAUUGGGCAUGGUAUAUUCAUUUAUUCAAAUUUUGAAAAUAUUUUUGGGAUACGGUAGAAGCAAGGUCCAACGUAUACCAAUCCAGUAAUUUUGCGACAUGUUCUUCAACAGGGUGCUCAAUUUUGCAUUUAGAAUUUCGCAAGAUUCAGAUGACAUUCAUCAGAAUUUUUCAAAUGGAUCCAAAAAUUCAUUCCGACAUCUUUCGCCUUUUUAUCGCUGGAAAAAAAAAUCGGAAUCGGUUGCGGCGUUGUCAAGUUAUGUUUAAUUUCCUUAUUUUAACUACUAUUAGACCUAUUUCGGGGUAAUUUGUAUGUCAUAGUUCUUUCAUUAAUUUGUAUUGUUGAAAUAUUGCGUUGCUACUGUAUAAUCAAAUUUUUUCAUUGACCAUUCAUAUAUUUUUUACAAAAGGAACAUUUACAUGCUCUCCAAGUUUGAAUUUUCUUCGAAAUAAUUGUGUAAUGACCUCGCCAAACCAAAUAAAAUACUGGCUGAGUGUCUUUUUGGUAGUAGAAAAUGUCAAUUUAAUUUCAAUACUGUAACUUUUUUAGUGCUUGUGAGAAAAAUUGUUAAACAAAUUUU